AUGCACUCGUGUCGGCAGUUACUAUACAGCCCAGCUCGCUGGAAAUGUGCCUUACCAAUAAAUUUAAAGACUUCUGUUAUUACGAUCAAACCUGAACAGUGUUCAGUGCAAGAAUGUCGGUUUUACUCAGCAAAAAAGGGCUUUUUUGCUUCCAUAAUAGAGAAUAUAAAAGAGGAUAUUGCCAAAAAUAAAGAAAUGAAGGAUAAUAUUAAGAAGUUCAGAGAAGAAGCUCAAAAACUAGAGAACUCUGAAGCACUACAGGCAGCCAGAAAAAAGUUUCAUGCUGUGGAAUCUGAGGCUUCAAAGGGGUCUGAGGUAUUAAAAGAAACCCUCGAGGGUAUCAAAGGCAAAAUGGAACAUGUGCUCGAAGAAGCUAGUAAAUCGGAAAUAGCUAAAAAGGCUGGCAAGAUCACAGAAGACAUAUCAAAAACUGCAAAAGGCGCAGCAGAGUCUUUAGCUGAUAAAAGUCAAGCAUUAGGUAAAACCUCUGCUUUCAAAACAAUUUCACAGGCUACAGAGGUAGUUAAGAAAGAAAUGGAACCAAGGGGUCUGGAAGGCCGCGUCUACACGUCACCCACUGCAUUACGGAAAAGGGUUGAGGUGGCGGCGGACGAGCGCACGUACGCGCCCGACACGGAGACGCUGGGCGUGGAGCUGCACAGAGACUCCAAGUUCUACCAGCAAUGGGAGGACUUCAAGAACAACAAUCAGUAUGUUAAUAAGAUGUUAGACUGGAAAAUAAAAUAUGAGGAAUCUGAAAACCCAGUGUUCAGAGCCUCCAGAUUUGUCACCGACAAAGUGAGCAGCCUCUUUGGAAAUUUAUUUGAAAAAACUGAACUCUCCCAAACGUUGACAGAAAUAUGUAAAAUAGACCCCAAUUUCACCGCACAAAAGUUCUUAGAAGAUUGCGCAAACGAUAUCAUACCGAAUAUUCUCGAAGCUAUGGUCAGAGGGGACAUGGAAAUACUAAAGGACUGGUGCUACGAAGGUGUCUUCAAUAUCUUGGCGACCCCGUUGAAGCAGUGUAAGCAGUUAGGUUACCGUCUCGACUCAAAAAUCUUAGAUAUUGAAAAUAUAGAACUUGUUAUGGGCAAAAUGAUGGAUCAAGGUCCAGUUUUGGUAAUCACAUUCCAGAGUCAACAAAUAAUGUGUGUCAGAGACGGUAAGAACAAUGUUAUAGAAGGAGACCCAAAUAAAGUGAUGCGAGUCAACUAUGUCUGGGUCUUGUGCAGAGACCCGCAGGAGCUGAACCCCAAAGCGGCUUGGAGACUGUUAGAAUUGUCCGCUAACAGCGUGGAGCAGUUGAUA